UACAAAAAUAGAUUUUUAUUUUAUUUUACAAAAUGAAAAUUACUAAAUUAUUUUCGAGUGCUAAGUUAAUAGAGAGAAGUACAAAUUGUUGUGGGGUUGUUCGAAAUUAUUGUAGUUCAAAGGGUACAAGUGGCACCAAAGAGGAAAAAACUGAUUCUAACAAGAAAGGUCUAGUGGUGGGUGUAUAUAAAACAAAGAACACAUUAGAACUAACACCAAUUGCUCAAGAAAUCAACCAAAAGAGUGGAGAUAAGUUGACACAGCAUUUGAACAAAUUAUGUGGAGAGCUGCGGUUGGGCAAGGCGUUUACACUAACAGAUGUGAUGCCCGAAUAUUCCGCCAUAGCAAUCACCUGCUUUGGACCUAAGGAUGCUGGCUAUAAUGCUCUUGAAUCACUGGAUGAGGCAAGGGAGAACAUUCGUUGGGGCGUGGGUGCGGGCGUGAAGUUGUUGAAGGCGCGCGGCUGCGGCGUCAUCGAGGUGGACCCCGCCAACGCACCUGACGCGGCUGCCGAGGCCGCCGAGCUGGCAGCAUGGAGGUUCCAAAAGUUUAAGACGAAAGACUCCCGUAAGACUGAGUGCCACGUAAAGUUGUAUGGCAACGAGGGCAAAGAGCUGUGGAAGCUGGGCGCUAUAUACGGGGAGGCACAGAACUGGGCGCGGUACCUGUCUGACAUGCCAGCCAAUAAGAUGACGCCUGUCGACUUAGCACAGGCGGCCAUCGACGUCCUGUGUCCGCUGGGAGUGAGCGUGGAGGCGCACGACCGCGAGUGGAUCCGGGCGCAGCGCAUGCAGGCCUUCCUGGCCGUCGCGCGCGGCUCCUGCGACACGCCCAUGUUCCUCGAGUGCAUCUACCGGCCCGGCGCCGUCACCGCCGCGCCCGUACUACUCGCGGCUAAAGGAGUCACCUUCGACAGCGGUGGCCUGUGCUUGAAGGACUGCAACAUGAUGCUGGACAACCGCGGCAGUAUGGCCGGCGCCGCCGUCGUACUCGCCGCUAUCAAGAUCAUCGCUAAACUUAAGUUGCCGAUAAACGUGUCGGCAGUGAUCCCCAUCUGUGAGAACAUGGUGAGCGGUCAGUGCAUGAAGGUGGGAGAUGUCGUCAGGGCGCUCAACGGACUGUCCAUUGAGAUAGAAAACACGGACAUGGAAGGCCGGUUGAUGAUGGCGGACGCGCUGGUGUAUGGCCAGUCGCUGUUCAAACCCGCAAUGGUCAUUGAUGUUGCUACUUUCACCCACGGCGUCCUGAUGGCGACGGGUGGCGGCGCGUUCGGUUGCUUCAGUAACUCGGAGUCGGCCUGGCGCGCCGUGCAGGCCGCCGGCGUCAUCACUGGGGACAGACCGUGGCGGUUCCCGUUGUGGAAGUACUUCCACAAACAGAUCACCAAUGACCCUGCAGUAGAUUUGAGGAACAAGGGAUCUGGGCACGGCACCCCAUGUCUUGGAGCUGCUUUUCUAAAGAACUUCGUGUGCUGCGACUGGGUGCACAUGGACAUCACGGGCGUGGGCAAGGUGUCCCCGUGGGGCGGCGCGCCGUACCUGGCGCCGCGCCGCAUGUCGGGCCGCCCCGCGCGCACGCUGGCCGCGCUGCUGCACCACCUGGCCGCCGCCGCCAACCGCAACGACAACAAACAAGAACCCACUCCGUGCGCCGCCAAGUCCUAAAUUAUCCUUUACUUUCGGCUAAUAUGUUUAGAACUGUACGUGUGGUUCGGUCACAUUGAAACCCCAUAAAACAUUUGAUACAAACGAGUCUACUAGUGAUGUCUUGUCCAGUAAAGUUUGUAAGAAACGUUCAAUAAACAUAUCUCAAGCGCAUCGUCUCGUUUUAAAACUUAAUUUAAAGGACUUUUACUUCAAACAUACAACAUUCCAUAUCAAUGAGAUCUUUAUCGUUAAAACUAUACACAACAUACAUUGAGAAAUUCGAGCAGACCACAACCAGCAGGUUAGAGCGCGUAGGCGUAUCAGUAGAGUACACAAACAUCGAGUGUAAUCUCAUUAGUCUACACAAUUAAUAACAGCGCAUUAGGGCGAGCUCGGGUAAAUAUUUACGAACAACGCAAAAACUAAACACAUAAUCAAAUCAACGGGUGCGAAAUGAAACACCGAUGCUUAUUGACCUAAAAAUGAAGAAACAUUUAUUUUCAGUAUGUCUUUUGUAAAAUUUAAUAACAGAAUGAAUCAAAUGUGGUAAGAGAAUAACAGAGCGGAUUACUUUCCAUUUCGAUAGAAUUAGUUUCACCAACAAUAGAAAUAUAAUAUUUAUCAAGUCAUUUACAGAUACAAUUAAUGCAGUACCAAUAAAUCUAAUUUAUUCGUUUACUGAGUUAGUUAAAUUUAAACAUUUAUUACGUUACCAUAAUGUACACGGAGUGGAGCGGGCGGAGGGAGCCGUCCGCCGGGUACACUAUCUUUUUUUGGGAUUUUUUAAAUUUUUAUUCCUCACGUACUUUAUAAAUAUCUCAUACUUGAAAAAAAUUUACAUUAAAAUGUAUCGGAAAGGUGCGGGACGCUAGCACCGCAGACACUAGGGCGCGACGCAAACAGAGGCACGCACGCACACAUACAGGACGGCGGCCGCCCCAA